CCCGUUGCCUAGCAACCGCGGGGCCGCUCUGCGCAUGCGCGACCCCGUGUCGGGGAGCCCUGAAACGGAAGUGACGCGAGGUGAAAGGUCGGCGGGCUUCCUUUUCCGGUGUGGGCGCCAUCGCAGCGGCUGUGUCGAGAUGGGCAAGUUUAUGAAGCCGGGGAAGGUGGUGCUGGUGCUCGCCGGCCGCUACUCGGGGCGCAAGGCCGUCAUCGUGAAGAACAUCGACGACGGCACGUCCGACCGGCCCUACAGCCACGCCUUGGUGGCGGGCAUCGACCGCUACCCGCGGAAGGUGACGGCGGCGAUGGGCAAGAAGAAGAUAGCCAAGAGGUCCAAGAUCAAGUCGUUCGUGAAGGUUUACAACUACAACCACCUGAUGCCCACCCGGUAUUCCGUUGACAUUCCCCUGGACAAAACCGUUGUCAAUAAGGACGUGUUCAGGGACCCCGCCCUGAAACGCAAGGCGAGGCGUGAAGCCAAGGUGAAGUUUGAGGAGAGCAAGGAGUUCAGCCUCACGGAUUGAGAAACUGCAUUUCGCUGAGAGCAGGAGUGGCUUAGGAGCCGCGCUCAGCUGGUGUUGGCGUUUACCUUGCUGCUGCUGCUGCUCUGUGCCAGCGCAGGUGGGGCUGUUCCCGUGCCGUACGAUGAUCUCUCGGUGUCUUACUGCCUCGUGUCCCAUCAGAUGCGUGCCGCCAGGCUCAGCGGGACAGGGCAGCGCUGAUGCUUUGCCCCUGGCCCUCUCACGUCAACAAUCCUCGGUUUCAGCGCCCGCUUCAGAAGCUCCUUCCUUCAGCAGCUCUCCUGUGCAGCCGCGGCAGGAGGCAGGGCGUCCUGCCCAGGAGCUGGGUGUCCUAAAGCGCGUGCCGGGGGCCUGCCCCCUCUGCCAGUAACUGCAGGCUGUGCUCUGAGCGCAGCCCCCGACGGCUGCGUUCCAAAUAAAUCCAAAUCAAGCGUCUGGUGAAGCUGCCCUGCGCUGCUCUCCCGCUCCUUGCUGUGAAAGCUGCUGCGGUGGGGGUGGCCUUUAUAAAAUGAUUUAAUGAGGGGAAGUCUGCAGGCUGUUACUUCCCUGGGGCCUUCAGCUUUUUAAGGGAGGUUUAGUUGGCAAAGGGGGGUGAAGGGAGCGGGUGAAUUACUUGGGGGUGAAGGGCGGGCGGUGUUUUGCCUGAAAAGGAGGACACGGAUGGAGCGGGUGCGUGUUUGAUGCUGUCUCUGCCAGAGCAGUCUCUCUAACGGUUGUGUUCUUCCUCUUUCAGGUACAAGACGGGCAAGAACAAGUGGUUCUUCCAGAAGCUACGAUUCUAACCUUGUAGCGAGGCGGCGUCAAUAAAUGUUUAUUAAAAACCA